GAACACGGUCUGAGAGCGACGCCGAGGAGCCACUUCAAAGGGACGUUAUUUACCCUCCUCAGGGUAUGACCGAGUGAAGCUGAAUAUUUCUGAAGCAAUUAAUGGCUGCUAGCAAUGUGGAAUCAUCUGAUCGAGCAGUACAGAACACCUUCAAAUUGCCAGAAGGAUUUAAGAGCAAAGUGGUGGAUCCUGGCAAUCCAAAACUGGUCAAAAGAGAGGAGAAAAAUGUUAAGUUGACUCCCUCAGCAUUCAUGAAGGAAAUGUCCCUUGACACAAAACAGAGAUUAGCAAAUACUCAUGAGAUGUAUCUUCCUUCUGUUAUUGAGCUUCUAGACAUGACUGAAACCACACUCGAGAAGUUCUCCAUGCUGGAUACUGACAGGCCAAUAUUUCAGCCAUUCCCAUCAGAAAUUGUCUUUCAAAACUAUGAACCUUUUGAAACCUAUGAGGUUUCUCUGAUUCUGCAGAAUCAUGAUCAGGUUUCACGGAUGGUUAAGGUUAUCCAGGAGGAUUCUCCAUACUUCAGAAUCAUCUGUCCUACUGAUGUGGGUCGUAAAGUGGCACCAGGCAUGACCACCACCUUCAAGCUAAUUUUCAAACCUGAGGAAAACAAGGACUAUAUCCAUGAAUUGAUCUGUGUCACAGAGAGGGAGAAGUUUUUGGUGCCUGUCAAAGCUAUUGGUGCACGUGCUAUCUUGGACUUCCCAGAUUUUAUCAAUUUCUCGACAUGUCCUGUCAAAUACAAUACUCAGAAGAUUCUCCUGGUUCGGAACAUUGGUAAAAGAGAAACUAAGUUCACCCUCCAAACUCAAAAACCAUUUCUUGUGGAGCCUAUUCAUGGAAACCUGGAGGUUGGGGAGAGCAUUCAAGUGUUAGUAGAAUUUAUCCCCCAGCGAACUGGGGACCACAGUGAAGAUUUGAUCUUGCAAUUGGAUACAGGUGAAGACAUCUUUAUCCAUUUGUAUGGAGCUGCAACAGACAUAAAUGUAAGACUGGACAAAAACUCAGUAAUAAUCGAGAAAACCUACAUAUCAUUGGCUAACCAGAGAGUGGUUUCCAUUUGCAAUAGGAGUGAUGUAAUUGUGCACUUUCAGUGGAAGGCCUUUGCAACUCCAGAAGAAGAAGAGCAGCAAAAAAUCAGAUUUGUUUCAGACUUGAUGACUGAGGAAGAACAGGAAACUAACCAGUUUUUGAAGGACUGCACUGAAGAUCCCACUCUACGUGAACAGAUGCCUCUCCUUGCCCGUACCUUCCAGAAUCGUCGUCAGUUGGUGGAGGAUGACACAAUGCUGUUGUCUGAUGAUAUUUUCAUCAUUGAACCAGUGGAAGGGGAUAUCUGGCCCAAUUCCACAGCAGAAGUAAAUGUAAUCUGCAGACCUAAAGAAGCAAAGGUCUACUACCAAACAGUCUACUGUGACAUCACAGGUCGUGAAACUCGCUUGCCCCUCCGUAUCAAGUGUGAAGGUUUGGGUCCCCAGGUGAUCCUGAAUGUGGACCAAGUUGAAAUAGGAAAUGUCUUCAUUAACUCAAAGCAAACCUAUGAACUUGUCUUGAUCAACAAGGGUGAUAUUCCUGCUGCGUACACCCGGAUUCCUGCACGCAACCUGUUGGGGUCCUAUUUCUGUUUGAACCCAUGUGAAGGGACCCUGUUGCCAGGCAAAUGCCAGUUGUUGGAGGUGACUUUCAAAGCUGCGAUUCUUGGGAAUUUCAUAGUAGAUUUAUUUCUUUCAGUGAAAGGAACCCCUGAGCCAGUCCAAGUGACUUUCAAGGGACAUGUCAUUGGACCUACCUUUCAUUUCAAUAUGCCUGUACUGAACUUUGGGGAAGUGUCCUUUGGUUUUCCCAAGACCAUAUCAUGUUGCCUUACCAACACAUCCCUGGUACCAAUGUCAAUUAAGUUGCAAAUUCCUGGUGACGGCAUUGGUGAAAUCAGUCAAACAAGCUUCAGCCAGGCCUCAGAACGCAGAAGCAUAAGUUCGUGGAUAAAUGUCGAAUCAGGAGCACGACUCAAAGAAUUUACUAUAAACCCUAGUGGUGGUAUCAUUAAGUCCCAUGUUGGAAAAGAGAUUCAGGUGUCAUUUUGCCCCAACACUAUAAAAAAAUAUGAGACGUCCCUCAUUGUAGAGGUGAAGAACCUUGGCCUGGAAGUUCUAGUAAUACCCAUCAUGGCACGAUGCAUUGUUCCCAAUGUGGAGGUGGUUAACCAACAGAUGGACCUUGGACGCUGCUUUGUCAAGCACCCUUAUGAAUGCAUGAUAAAACUUCAGAAUACCAAUGAUCUUCCAGCAUGUUAUGGACUAAUUCCACAGGAUUUGGAUAAACAACAUGGCAUACUUUAUUCCAGCUCUGAACCAUAUGGAAUUAUUGAGGCCUGUUCCACUGCAGAGAUCCCUUUAGUAGUGGAGCCACAACAUCUUGGAGAACUGAAUACAGAAGUAUACGUUGCCUUAUUUGGAAAAAGUCAAUUUCCUCUUGUGAUCCACAUAUAUUGCAUAGGCGAGGGGCCAGUGGUCCAUCUCAGUUCCACAAAGAUUGACUGGGGAAAAAUCAAGGUACUAACCGAUGUUCCCAAGACCAUCUGCCUGUCUAAUGAGUCACUUAUCCCAGCCAGAGUCACAGCCAAAAUGACUUUAGAAAACCCAAAAUGGCGUUUGGAACCCAGUGAAAUGGUGAUCCCUCCUCUUCAACACAAAGAUUUAUAUGUUGUGGCACAUCUUGAUGACACAAUCUGGUCAGAAGACAAGGUACACUUGGAAGUAGAGAACAGCCAUACAAGGAGUAUUCAUGUGCAAGCUACUGGAAUUGGGACAACCAUUGUACCCAAUAAACCAUUCGGUCCAGUUCUUAACCUUGGAGCAAUAUUUAGUUCCGAGGUUUGCCGCUAUUCAGUUAAGCUGACAAAUUGUGGACGGCGACGCCAUCAGAUAUACUGGAAGGCAGUCGACUUUCCCCGGAUCUUUAAGCCUAGCCCACAGAAACAACCUGCACCUUGUGAUAUGAAAUAUAAAAAUUCUCCUGUAAUGGGUCAUUAUGUUCCCACCUUCAAAGUUAGACCUCUGCGAAUGGACCUCAAACCAGGCAGGAGUGCUGUACUGAUGCUAGAGGGUGAAUCAGAUGGUCCUAUGACACAAACAUGCAUUAGAAAGAAAAAUGGUGGUAAUGGUGCAGCUAAACUAAAUCAGGUUGAUGAAGGCAGAAUGGAAACUGGAGGUUCAGUGCACUCCUGCUCCCACUGCCUCACAAUGGUCUGUAUAGGAUGGGGUGGCAUGGCAGCUUGGUGGUUUGCACUGCUGCCCCACAGCACCAGCGACCCAGAACGUGAUAAAAGAGCUGGAUCCUCAAGGGAGUGCAGUCAGAGCCAGAUUUGUGCCACCAUGAUCAUGUUGGCUGCAGAAGAGUGGAGUAAGAAGAGCAAAAGUGAUAGGGGAUUCGUUGGUGAGAAGAAUGGACAGGCGUUUCUUUGGACUAUAGACGUGACCCUACCUGAUACCAAGUACAAGGAUGUCACUGAGUCAAUGCAGGACAUUCUUCUUGGAGAUGGCGAACAGACAGAGCCCAAACAUGUCAAGCUGGUUCCUCAAUACAUGCCUCUUACGUUGAAGAACGUAUCCCCAUUGCCUCUCACCUUGAUCCUAAAGAUGGAAGGACCAUUUGGAAUUGUAGAAAACGUGGAGCUUGAGACAACAACCAUUUCAAAGACUGUUAAACUGGAUGUCGAUGAGCAUCUUGAGUUGUUAAUCCAAUUUGACCCAUCGUAUAAGGAUGACUUGUACACUCGUGUAAUAGAGGAGGUUCUGACAAUCCGGUACUCGGAACACCCACACGUGGAUUAUGUGGUCUUGAGGGGAGAAGUGCACUUCCCAAACCUGCACUUCGAAACUGAUAUGGUGGACUUUGGUUGUAUCCUCAAUGAUACUGAGAUAGUGCACUACGUGGAGAUGAUAAAUUGCAGCCCCCUGCCAGUAAAGUUUCGCUGGUCCUUCCUUUCAGAUGAGCCAGUUAAAUGGAAUAGUUCACCAGUCUGCAAAUCAACAGCUAAAAUUGUGAAUUUGGAAACCAAGGAUGUUAAAGAUGAGACAAAACUCACCAAUGAAUUACCCUUGGAGGAAGGUACCAUUGUUAUUGAGGACUCCGACAGAAAGAUGUCACUUUCCAAUGUCAGUGAAAAUGAUGUAGAGAAAACUGAUGCUGAGAAUGAAACACGCGAAGGCCUGGGGUUCCCUAAAGAAAUUUCAUAUAACAGCCCCACAGAAGGACAUGAGGCAGAUUUGUUAAGUAUGAAUGAUGCAGCGAAGCCAGUGCCAGAUAAAACUAAAGACAGCAAGUGUCUCACCUGGAGCUGUAAUCUACUGCAGAAUAAUGUGGCAUUAGGAGUGGAGCAGGUGUUCGACAUCCUCCCACUGUUUGGUCUUCUACAUCCAAAUGAAAGUCAACAGGUGACCUUUACAUUUUACGGCCAUGCGAACAUUAUGAGUGAGGUGAAAGCAAUAUGUGACGUGGAAGGUGGGCCAGCAUAUCAGAUUGCUCUGAAAGGAGAGGCAUCCUUUAUCAAAUAUGCUUUUGACAGAAACGAGAUUGACUACGGCCACCAGCUAUUUAGUCUUGUUGCUGUGGCUGAACUUACCCUGAAGAAUACUGGAAAGGUGGGAUUUGACUUUACUGUUUUGAAUCUUGAGCAGGCUGCUGAUCAAGAGCCUGUGCCAGGAGUACCGCUUGUUAUUCCCUACUCGGGUUACAUUGCAGCAAAUUCGGAGCAGAAGCUGAAGGUUUCUUAUUUACCUGGAGUACCAGACAUCUUUCAUAAGAGCUUUGAGAUUCAAGUCUCUCACUUUGAACCCGAGAGUAUUAGCCUGAAGGGGGAAGGAAUCUUUCCCAGAAUCUAUCUGGAUCUACCCAGAAACAUAAAAGGAAAUGAGAAGUAUGAGGCACUGCUGAAGGAGGCAAGAGAAGCACUAGAGAGAGAAACAACUGAAGGAAAUCUGCUCAGCCGUCCUGAAACCAUAGCAGGAGAACUAGGUGCAGCCAAUACCCUCUCUUCUUAUGACACCCUGCUGCAGAUGGAGGCUGAUCGCUUACUAAUUAAGGAGUGUAGUCUGGCACAAGACUUAGUUCUUUCUUCUCACAACCCUUCAUCUGGGUCAAAACACCAUGCACACAAAAGUGUAUCCAGAUGUCAUUUGCCUGAGUUUGUCCUCGAUUUUGGCUUUGUAAUCCUCAGCACUGUCAAGGUACAUGUUGUGAAGAUUACGAACACAAGCUGUUUGCCAGUAUCGUUUUACACUGACCGGCAUGCUCUUAAACAUACAGGUUUCAGCACUGAGCUGAACAGGGUGAAAAAUCUGCCCUAUUGUGAAACAGAGACUUUUGAAGUACGGUUUGACCCCCUUCGUGCAAACCUCAGUAUUGGACCUACAAAAGCUUUGAUGUCGAUACAGGUUAUAGGUGGGCCAUCAGUGGAUAUAAUCCUGUGUGCAACAGUGACCAUGCCUGGCUUGACUGUAUCCAGUGAUCACCUGGACUUUGGCAAUGUGCAAUGUGGGCAAUGUCAGGUUAUGACUAUUCAACUCCACAACCAUCUGGAUGUUACCUGUGAAUGGUUUUUUGCUGAUACCAGUGUUGUAAAAGAAAAGCUUGAUAAACAUGUUCCCCUGUACCUGCGAUCCAAACUACUGAAGGAGUUGAAGCAACCAUCCUACGUAUUCCGCAUGUUGCCAGCUUGUGGUGUGCUGGAGGCUGGGGCAAAAGUGAAUGUGCAGGUGACAUUCAUUCCAGAUGAGGAGAAACGUUAUAAGCAUCGUUUGAUGUUGACCUUUGCACAGAGUAGUAACCAGGUGCUGAUCACAGCCAUUGGCCAAGGACUGGAGCCUCGUCUUGAAUUUUCUACAAGUUCAUUGGAACUGGGUCCGCUUUUACCCUACAGUGCAGAGGUCGAAGGGAUAGUGAUUGUAAAGAAUCCCUGCACCUUUCCCAUUGAAUUCUACUCGGUGGAAUAUGAUAACAAGUACUUGGAGGAAGAAAAGGUGCUGAGGAUGAUGAAGGGCUAUAGCUUAGAUAACACUUUGUUGCUGCCGCCAAGACAACCAGGCGAGAAACUUCCAUUUGAAUUAUUGGAUUACUACAAAGAACAAAGUCUAAUCCAAGAAGAACAGGAACAAGCCAAGAAUAGACCCGUGGAAGUCACUGGAGGUGAAAAUGAUCGCAAAGAGAAUGAAGUGGAGGAGCUGUCUGAUCAGACAGAAAAGCAGGAACAGUUAGUACCUCCAGAGACAGCCGCGCUCAUCAGUGAAAGUGAGGUCUCUUCAAGACCAACUGCAAGCCCAGUAUCAGAGGACAAAAAAGAGCCUGAAAAUGAAGUGACUGAAAAAACAUUAGAGACUAAAGGAGAAAAACCAGAUAUUUUUAUCAAUAUGAGCGUUGGAGAACUGGAAGUUACCCCUGUAUCCAUGGCAAUUGGCAGGUACCUCGGACUUGACCUAUCCCCUGAGGGAUGUGCUGCUCGAAAUCGCAGAGGCAUUGCCAUCAUAGUACAUGGAGCUCCUGCCUCAGGAAAAACAAACACUGCUGUCUUUCUUGCAAAAUAUUAUAGAGCAUCCUAUUUGGUUAUCGAUUCUGUAUUACGGGAAGCAAUUUCAAGUGGUACCACAGCUGCAGCUACACGAGCUCGGGAAUUGUGCACAAAGGCUGCUCUGGAUCAGAUGAUGAGGGAUGCUGAAGAAGUGUCACAGAGUGCAAUCACGCGAUAUUCAUCAAUUGGAAUUGGAGGUACAACUGUUGAUGGAACAACUAAGCAAACAUCUGAAGGCACCCCUACCUCUGAGUUCAAACUUCCACAUUUAUCAACAAUAAUCCAUCGUAAAAGCAGCAUGAACACACUAAAGUCAAGUCAUAUUAUCCAGAAACAACAAAAUGAAGUGGUAACUUCACAGGUCUCUGUAAUUGGUCCCCUAAUGCAGCAGCCAAUGAGCAUCACUACAAGCAUCAUUGGAGAGGGAAACUUAAUGAGUUGUCAAUUGCCAGAAGAUGUGAUAGUGGAACUUCUGACGGAGAGGUUGCAGUUGAACGACUGUUGCCGAGGGGUUAUAUUCGAUGGAUUGGAAAGUGCGUACAGUCCCAAUGAAGCCUGCACUCUCACAGCUGCACUUAAAGCAAUUAGCAAUAGACGUCACAUCUACUUAAUCAACCUUAGCCAGGAAUAUACAACACUGAAGGCCAAGGAGAAAGCCAGGCAGGAGGAAGAGGAGAAAAAAGUGAAGGAGCAAGAAAAGAAGGAGAGGAUUUAUCUGCAAGAGUUGAGUGAAGAAGAUUAUGAGGCUCUGUCAGAAGAAGCAAGAGCGGAGUUCGACUUGAAACGCACUUCUUUAUUCAAAGCACGCAGGGAAAGAGUUUUGAAGGAGAUACGUGAACGACAACUGCAGCAACAGAGAUGGAGGGAAGAACUGGAGAGGCUGCGAGAGGAAGAAGAACUCAAGAAAAAAUCUAAAAGAGCAAGAAAAGAUUUCAGUAUCAGGGAUGAUGCAAGAAGAUACCAGAUAAGUGCAAGGAUGAGCACAAAUAUUUCAACAGUGAAAUCUGAUGGUCCUGAAGGAAAGACCACCUCUACUGAUCCUCAUGAUUCAAUAGAUCGUGGUGAUGUAGAGGAAGGAGUUAGAAAGAAAAAGACCAAAGAUGCCAGAAGCAACCACACAAUUUUAGACAGGACGGAUUCAAUCCAAGAGGAUGCAUUAUACAAAAACCCAGAAAAAUUGCUUUUCCAAAGAUUUCAAAGGUAUGAGCGCAACCAGAAGAAAAUCUCUCAAAUUUUGGAAUUCUGGGAUCGAGCCCAAGGAGCCAUUAUCUUCCCAGCAUCGGAGGAUAUCCAAAGCUUGGGGGAAGAGCAUACAGUUGAACGGCCUGCACCUUCAGGGAAAAGGGGUAAAAAGGAUCGACAUGACAAAGCCGAAAAAGAGAGAGCCGAAAGAGCUGAGAAGGAGCGAGCUGAAAAAGACCGCUUGGAGCGAGAGAAGGCCGAGAAAGAACGUUUGGAAAAGCUGAGAGAGGAGAAAAUUGGUACAUCUCCACUCUCUGAUGGCAUAGCUGAAGGAGACAGCAAGGAUAGUGCAGAAAAAGAAGACAAUUUUGGAGUGCCACAGAUCAAGUUGCACGUUUCUGACCUAGAGGAUUGCUUUGGGAAAUUGAUUCUGGAAAGCGGGAAAGUUCCAACAGCUGAUGAGGUUUUAAAUAGUCUGGGUCUGAGUCGAAGUGGCCCCGCUAUUCCACCUCCUGCCCUGUUUGGAUUGGUACGAUACCCUGUGGAACGAAGGCCCACUUCAGGAACAGAAAUACAAAAAUAUUUCAGACUUUUACCUAACCCAGAUGAAGGAAAAUUGUUGUUUGAAGAUAAGAAGGAACCUGAACCAGACCCUGAAAUUUUGGUCCCAGUUAUUAAGGAAGAGCCACAAGUUCAGCAUAGAGGAAAGUCAAGAAAGGAAAAAGGGGAUGUGGAACGUGACAAGCGUCGGUCUGGUGGUCAUAAAAAAGCUCACCGUGAUUCCCGCUCCUCGAUUCCCGCUGCUUCACCUCUUUCUGACUUUGACCGUAGCAGUGGCGUCGAGGACUCACUUAAAGACGAUUUAAAUACUGCCAAAAUUCCUCCUUACCGCUGGAUCGUGCAACCUGGGGAGGAAGUUGCAUUACGAGUGCGUUUUAGCUCAACAGUGUGUGGGAUAUUUGAUCAGACGUUGAACUUUGAAAUCUUGAACACACUACGAUGUUACAAAUUGUACUGCAGAGGAGUCUGUACAUAUCCAACUAUAAGUCAAGAUCCCUGUGUUGUCUUUCGACAUCGGAAGAAGAACGUAAAGGCAGAAGAAAUUCCUCAGAAGAAGUACAUCAUGAACACAGGAGUAUUUCAGUUUGGGCCACUGCUCUGUGGACUAACAAGGGAAAGGUACAAGGAGGGUCAAUACCCAGAAAACAGGGAAAAUAUCAUAAUAGUGAAUACUUCACCCAUGGUGGCUGAGGUUUCCUUCUGUUUUCAGCAUGACAUAAAAGCUGUCACCUACCUUGUGGAUCCACCCACUAUGACUCUUGAAGCCAAUGAGAGAAAGCCACUGGACUUAUAUGGCUGUUCCAGUCAGUUUAUGGUCAGUGGCACAGAUGGUGGGAUUGACUUUGGUAUUAUCAAGGUUUUUGAUAGCGUGAAACAGACGAUUACCUUGAAGAACAAGGGAAAAUAUGAGAUUGGAUACAGAUUCCUUCUGCAACCUACAAAACGCGACAUGCCAGACCUAAACUCACUGUUCACCAUUCAGCCAAUGAAGGGAUCCCUGCUUCCAAAUGACCGUGCCACUCAUAUAUACAUCAACUUCCACUGCAAAACUACCACAGAGAUCAAAGAGGAGCCCAUUCUACGUUGCCUGGUGAUUGAGCCCACUUUAGGUGAUGGAGGAGAGAUCAUAGCCAGCAUUCCAGUCAAAGUGUCAGUUUUUGCCAUUUUCACCACCUAUCAGAUAUUACCAGCAGGAGAGGUUAACUUUGGCAUUGUGUUAUUUGGCAACCGGAAAAGUCGUACAUUCAUCCUUGAGAACAACUGUGAAUUUGAUUUCAGAUACUGCAUCUUCAAAAUGUCUGCUGUGAUUCCACGUCAAUCAAAGAAGGGUGGCAAUGAUGUUGGUGGUGGUUCAAAGGUUGGGAAAGCUCAGGAUAAAGCUGAUGGAAUUCCGAAACAGAAAGAACAAACUCCCCAGGCCCGUUUGACAGUUGGAAUGUUCACAAUUUUCCCUGGUUAUGGAGUUGUGCUCCCUGGAGCGCAACAGUCCAUUACAGUGGACUGUUCUGCAGAUCAGAUUGGAAAACAUGAAGAGCUCCUGUGUAUUGAUAUAACUGACCGGGAUCCGGACAGCUAUCCAUCUGGUAUUCCAUAUGGACUGGUCAUUGAAUGCUGUGCACCAAGUAUUGUGGUGGAUGACAUUGCUUCCAUCUUUGAGGAGCAUCAUAUUUGCCAGAAUAUUAAUCUCCACCGGUGCCUGCAGUCUAUUGGUUGCAGCGGAGUCUAUGUGGAGGAUGAGAAGAAAUACCUUUUCCAUAAUGUACAUGUUGGGGAUCAAGCUGAGGCUCGCUUCAAGAUUAUCAAUGGAGGGAAAGUAGCUGCUGAUGUGCUCGUAUCUGUUAAACCAGUUUCUAAUAAAGCUGCUGCUCGCAUUACUGAUAUUUUUGAUGUGACACCCACCAGAAUGAACAUCCCGAGCUAUGACCACAAGUUUGUGGUUGUUACAUUCACACCUCAGACCAUGCAGAAUUACCAGUGCAUAUUCGAAGCUGUUGUGGAGCCAACACCUGGUGUUCCUAAGUCAAAAUCCCUGGUAUUUGAUAUUGUUGGAGAUGGGAACCUGCCCCGGAUCAAUGUCCUGCAGCCAAUGUUGCGCAAUAAGAUAGGGAACCCACUGUUAAUCUACUCACGUCUACUGUUAGGUCGAACAGAGAAGCUGCCUGUUGUCCUCAAAAAUGAUGGUACUUUACCUGCCCAGGUGUCUGUCAAUAUCUCUGAUGACUAUGGAGUGUUUUCUCUGAAGGAAUGUAUUGGAACCGUAUGUGUCUAUCCUAAACGCCACUAUAUUCGAGAACAGAAUCCGGAAAAAGUAAAGGAAAGUUGCAUGCUCACUAUCAAGCUCAACAGUGGAGAGGAGGCAAAGUUUGAUGUCUCCUUCCAACCAACCCUAGCUCAACGCCUUGAUGGAGCACUGUACUUGACAGUGCUCAACAACCAGUUCGAGGACACCAUUAUACGAUUAAUUGGUGAAGGUUUUCAGGACGAUAUCACAUUUGACAACAUCCAUGGACUCGGACAAACUAGCUCGGUGGAAAGCUUUACAAACCUUCUGGAGGAGAAAGACAUUAAAGCCACACAUUUGGAGCAUAUUGAAUUUGGAGAUUGCCAUAUUGGCAAGCCAUAUCUGGUGACCUUCACAAUGACCAAUCGAAGUGCAGCAGACAUCAUACGAUUUGAAUGGAUUUCAGACAUCAGCGAGUUCAACAUCUCUCCACAGUUUGGUCAUUUGCAUGCCGGAUGUGCAAAGGAUAUGACAGCAACAUUUAAAUCAGAUCUACCUGUGACAUACAACCAACACACAAUAAAAUGCAUAGUGUCAAAAAUCAGCUACCCAGUGCCCUCCGACCAGGUUCCAGAUUGGGACAGUCGCCUGAGUGUUGUGAAGUGGGUAAAUGCUGGGCAUGGAGUUCGACCAGCUAAGAAGAAGGUAGUAGAGGUGGAACCUGAACCUGCCCACGUGGUUUUGGAAGACAGCUCUCGGGAGCUAGAGUUGAAGAUCAGUGCCAUGGCGGAUUACAGUGACUUUGAAUGUACCUGUAAAAGUGUCAUCUUUAAAGACACAAUGUUGUACCAAUCUCGGGUCUACAAGAUACAAGUCAUAAACAAAGGCCCUGGAGCACUAGAGUACCUCUGGAAGCUGGUGAUGGCAGAACAAGGUAGAAAUAUCUACCAUAUGGAAGCUUUGCUGCCUCCUGAAGAAGCAGUCUCUGAAGAAACCAAUGAUACAGCUUCAGCAAGCGUGCCAGCUGGACCCUCGACCAGCAAGGGCACUCAGGCCGUCAGCAGGUAUGACAGUGGCACUGAAAGCAUCUCCUCCAGAGAUUCCAUUGAUAUUGACAACCCUCCGUUCACAGUGGAGCCAUGCAGCGGGACAAUCGCGGCCAUGGGAACACAGGAAUUCAAAGUCAAGUUUAUCCCCUUGGAGGUUGGCGAGUUUGAGGCAUCACUCAUCUGCAGCAUACCAAAUUUGAAGGAGGGGUUGCAAGGUCAAGUGGUAGCUGUGAAGGGCCGCAGUCUCCUCCCAUUCUGCCAUUUUGAGCUGGAAGACUCCAAUUACAUCAGUGGAAACAGGCGCAACCCUGAGUUAAGUGGCCCUGGGGGAGCUCCUCCAGGGGUGACCCUUGACCCUAAUACACGUGUCAUCGAAUUCCAAGCUGUGGGAGUGAACACAACCAAUAGGAGGUCCUUUUACAUCAUGAAUCCAACAAAUACUGACUACUCCUUCCAGUGGGUGUCUGAAAGUGCACCGAAUGUACGGGUGCAGCCAGCAUUCUUCUGCCUGACAGAGAAAGGAUAUAUAGCAGCAGGGAAGAAGACUGAGGUCAGCUUUCAGUUUGUGCCUCAGCAGCUGAACAUCACUGAAUCAUUCUGGAGCUUCAUCAUUCCAGAACAAAAUAUCACCGUGCCAUUCCUGUUAUGCGGCAAUACAAGGGAGCCCGCGGUCUCCCUUGACCGCUCCCACAUCAACUACAAAUAUGUGCUAUUAGGCUACAAAGCACAGGAGACUGUCAACAUGAUUAACAAUGAGGCAAGCCCACUGAGCUUCCAUUUCAGAAAGGAGACACUGCAUUCUGAGGGAUACAUUUGCAAACUUUUUGUGGAGCCCAUAGAGGGCAUUGUUCUUCCUUACAGUAGUGUACCCAUUGUCUUCUCCUGUAUUGCAAACACCGAUGGACAUGUGAACUGGAACAUUGUGUGUGAUGUGAAGACAAAGACAGUACCUUUGAUCUUAAAUAUAAAAAUGCAUGGAUACAGCAUGAAAGCAACAGUGACAUGUGAAGGUAGCGAUGGGACAGUAACUGAACUCAGUCAUCAGACUGUCAAUGAGAUCUCCUUUGGAGAGGUGGAACUGAAUGAUCAUAUUAACUAUCACUUCGUCAUCUCAAACAACGGGAAAUUUAACUUCGACUUUGACUGGGAGCUUUCAGGCCCUCCCAGCAUUCUGAAUUGUCUAAAACUAAACUGCAAGCGGAACAGGGUGGAAACUGAAAGCAGUGUCACAGUAUCAAUCCGAUUCCACCCAGACCACAAGUUCACGCUAAAGGACGUAGAGCUAAAGCUGAAGAUCCAGAAAGGCCCUGUUUUUGCCUGUAUUCUCACUGGGUACAUAGUGAUCCCAAGUGCCCACUUAUCGUUCACCAAAUAUGACUUUGGGCCAUGUUUCAUCUAUAAUGCUGGCAUGACACCUUCCAAAAAAACUCUGAUCAUCACUAAUAAACAGGAGCAAGCAAUCGGCCUGGAUUGCUUGUUCCCUAACAAUUCAUAUCUGGAGGUAAAAUUCCAACCUUGUGCCCUGGCGCCAAAGAAAUCAGUGGAAGCUGUCAUCAUUUUCUAUCCAAGGGAACCUAUUGAAUAUCAAGAAGUUGUCACCUUUGAAAUCAAUGGACUCACCCAACAGAGUGUCAAGAUCUUUGGCCAAGGUGCAGAGAUGAAGGUAACAUUGCAACCAAAGAAUAAUGGGGAACAUCUUAGGGACAGCCUAAGUUUCACGUUCUGUGUUCUAAGUCUGUCGCCGCUUACCAGCAUCAAGCUGGAUGCACAGGGAGGCACUUGUGAUGUGGUAGUGACUUUCUCUCCAACCUACCGAAUUCCCCAGUUUGCAGAGGAAGUGAUGAUGGAGUGCGUUGGCGUCUCAAAACCUCUAUUUGUGAUACGAGGGUGCUGCCAGGGAAUUGAGAUAUCACUGGACCAAAACUGUAUCGCAUUUGGAUCGGUUGUUCUCCGUAGCUCAGUCACACGGCUGAUCGUGCUAGAAAAUAUUGGAGAUAUUGGUGCAAGCUUUAGAUGGGACGUUGAGAAGUUUAAGCCUCACUUUUCAAUUUCCCCUAUGGAGGGCUAUAUCUCCCCAGGAAUGCAGGUGUCCCUGGAAGUGAAAUUUCAUCCCAUUAAAGUGCAUGCAGACAUUCGUUUGGAAAAUGUGCAAUGCUUCAUCGAAGGAACAAAAUCUGUGUAUCUCUACCUGACUGGUUCGUGUGUGGCACCAACAGCUAUGAAAGAGAUUCUCAAUUUCAGCUGUCAAGUUCGGACUGCGCAGGUCCACGGCAUUGUACUAACCAACCGCACCAACCAGGUCUGGAAUCUGCAGCCCAAAAUUGAAGGAGAGUAUUGGAGUGGACCCAAGGUUAUCACUGUGCAACCUCAUCUGCCAAACCAGACCUAUGAUAUCACGUACAAGCCACUCACCAUGACAAUGGAUGGCAAAAAGCAUCAGGGCUCUGUCUUUUUCCCAUUGCCUGAUGGUACAGGAUUGCUCUACAUGUUACAAGGAAUUGCUGAGCCCCCAAAGGCUGUCGCAAUUAUAAAUCGUGAAGUGCCUUGCAAGACGCUGCACACUGUGUUGUUAUCAAUUCACAACUGGCUCCCCAAACCACAACGAUUCCGAGCUACCAUGGACCAGAUCAAGCCCGAAAGACUGGAGAGCACCACCACGUUGAAAGGACUUGACUAUAUCGAUGUUCCUGGGUCUUCCAGGCGGGAGUACAGGCUCACUUUCUUCACCUACAAGGAAGCAAUCAUCUCAGUAAAGGUGACCUUCCGUAAUGAGACUACUCAGGAAUACCUUUACUAUGUCGUUAACAUUAAAUCCACAUCUCCUGGUCUGAAUGGCACCAUAGAGUUGGUGGCUCCGGUUCGCCAGAGCACUUCUGGGACAGUGGAGGUUGAGAAUCCGUUGACUGUCCCAACUAUAUUCACCACAGAAUGUAAAAUCACAGAUAUCUCUCUCCCGACGCAGCUCAUUGUCCCACCACAGGCAAAGGGUAUACUGUCUUUUGAAUAUCAGCCUCUCAAAGUGGGCGAAGUCACAGGGCGCCUUACACUAAACAACGGUGAUUUAGGACUCUAUCAUUAUGAUCUGAUCCUGAAAGCCAAGCCAGCAGGCCUGGAGAAACCACUCCACUUCCGGACUAACUUUGGUGGCAGCCAGACCCUCACUGCCAAGUUCCUAAACCACUCCCGCCAGAAAAUUGAAUACUUCUGUAAGGUUGACAGUCCCCAAUUCCUGGUGGAGAAAAGCAUCACAGUCCCACCGGCCUCGAUGGGUGGCUCAGAGGUGGGUGUGGAGGUGAUCUACGAGCCUUUCUGUCUGGGGGAGUCCAGAGCAAUACUCAACGUCAACUCUUCUGUUGGAGGCGAGUACAACGUCCCCCUCCUUGGAGUGUGUUUGUCUGCAAAACCUCAGGGUCCCUUCUCAGUUCGAGCUGGUUCUACUGCUUCCAUCCCAUUCAAGAAUAUCUUCCCCCAAACAACCACCUACUCCUUCCAAGUGGACAAUCCGGCAUUUGCCUGCAAGCCCUCAGAGACACUGCGUGGUAAGAAAACCCACGUUGUAAUUGUCAGCUUCGAAGCAUCUUCAGGUAUCUCCAAAUAUCCUGUCACUGGCAAGUUGGUCAUAUCGUGCCCGGGUUCUGCAGGGAUGGGAGGUAUGAUGUCCUGGAUCUAUUACCUCAAAAGUGUUACUCCUGAGAAGUAAGAGGAGAAAAUAUCUCCGGGUUUCCUGCUUAAAGCCCAUGUUUUUCUCCAAAAAACUCCAAACAUUUUAUUAACUCAGUCAAUGUUCUAAUCACUAUAUUCCAAGUGGAAUCUGCUUAUUAACAAGUUUGUAUGAUUGUCCAACCAACAGCACAGCGAGUUGUGAGAUAUCCUCUACGUAUAGCAACACUGCAGAUUAUCAGGUGAUCUCAGCCUGGAUAAUUCUACCGCCUGGAUUUGCUUCAACUGGGCAGUGCUACCUGCUUGAGGUGCAUGUUAAAGCUACUAGCCGGUUUUAUUCUGUGUCCCAUUUCCAGACCACCCAGGAAUGCCACUCCCAUGAUCAAACUGGGAUGGUUCAUAAGCAGCCUUCACAAUCUUCAUUUUCAGCAAGUAUUUCAUUCUUCAUCAAUAGGUCAGAUUGUAAAAUGUAGGAAUUUUAUAUUCUUACAUUUCCUAUUAAACUAGAUUAUUGUGUUAAUUAUUUCCUCCUUUGUUUCUCAAAGUGCCUUACUUCACACAGGCUCUUCCACAGAGAACCACAGCCAACUGUUUCAGAGAUCCUCAUUCAGACCCUCUCUGAUUCUGUCUCCAUUCAUUCUUUGUGGCUUUGAACAUGAAGAUACUCAAAUUUCUCAAAUACAUUGUGUGGGAAAAAUGUUGGCAAGUUCCUGGGCAAUUUGACAAGGUGUAACAAAAUUCACCUUUCUUUAUGGAUUGCACCAACAGCCCUUAGAGCUUUGUCUCUGGCAGUAAUCCAAUCUGUGAUGCUUCCCCUUAAAUUUAUUGUAGGGAUGUGACUAUUAGGUAUGUUUAGUUGUCAAAUCAUAACUUUUGCUGUGGCUAUGUGAAAGCUCACUGCUUCACAUUGUUUGGUGCCCUUUUCCCACUGCAGUGUGCUAAUCACUGCAGCAGCCCCUAUUGAGCAGGUUUGUGUGACAGAGACGCUGUUUGGUUUGGCUCUUUCUUCCCAUUGCAAUCUUGACAUUCUUUCAUAUGCUUUUCAUGUACAACACAUAUCAUUCUCAAUCUGCUGGCUUUUGUUUACAG